AUGAAGUCGGCAUCGCACCGGGACAAGCUAGCGGAGGCAGAGGAGGUUAUUGCGUUUGAAAUGGAGAGUGCUGGGGCCUGCGACAACUUUCCCUGCAUUGUUAUUAAGGGUGUAUCCGAUUAUGCAGAUAGCCACAAGGACAGCAAAUGGCAAUCAUAUGCUGCUGUAAAUGCGGCUGCGGCUGCAAAAACACUUUUGAAAUACUUGGAUCCUGUUGCUCAGAAAGUGAGAUCGAGUGAAUGGAUGGUACCCUUUCGCAGAAACCCAAAGUUUGUUGGUCGUCAAAAGGAGAUCGAGCAUUUAAGGGCUUUGAUUUCUGACCCAAAUGGUCCACGAGAACUUGCGAUAACUGGGCUCGGGGGUGUUGGAAAGACUCAAGUUGCUCUUGAGGUCGCCUACCAGAUACGCGAUGACGAUCCAGAUUGCUCAAUCUUCUGGAUACCGUGCACCUCCUUGGAGAGUGUCGAGCAGGCUUACACGGAGAUAGCACAGAGACUUGAGCUUUCAGGAGGAAAUGCGAAGAAGGAAGUACAGACUUAUUUGAGCCAAUCAACUUCCGUAAAUUGGCUUAUUAUUUUUGAUAAUGUGGAUGACAAGAAUAUAUGGUUCGGGAACGACAAUGCGUUACACACUUUCAUUGCGGAGAAUGAAAAUGGUCGUACUCUUUUUACAUCUCGCAAUCAACAACUCGCUCUUGACUUGACGGAUUCUAAUGUGUUACCGCUCCCAGAAUAUGAUAUCCAUACUGGGUUGGAAUUUCUACAGCAGUCACUGCAGAAGAAUGAUCCCCUUAAACACCAUGAUACGGCUGUACAAUUUCUCGAGCAGUUAAUGCUCCUUCCAUUGGCCAUCACACAAGCAGUGGCAUAUAUCAAUAAAAAUCAAAUCAGUUUAUCUACAUAUAUUGGGCUGCUUGAGAGGCAGGAAUCGGACAUCAUCGAGGUCCUUAGUGAGGACUUCAAGGAUAAGUGGCGCUAUAAGGAUAUCCAGAACCCUGUGGCUACCACUUGGUGGAUCUCAUUUCGACAGAUUCAGCAAUCCAACCAACUGGCGGCAGAGUAUUUAACUUUCAUGGCUUGCAUCAAUCCUCGCAACAUUCCACUGUUGACUGUGGAGCCGGUCAAUACGGGCUACUGA